AUGGUUGCCACAACCAACUAUUUUAAAUCUGAUAAUAAAAUUGACAUAUACGACUACUACGGCCGAAAGACUGAACAGAUGGAAUGUAAGAGCUUAGUGAAGGCAGAGUCAAACUAUUUAUUCCUCGGUGAUUAUGUCGACAGAGGAAAGCAGUCAUUGGAAUGUAUUUCGCUUCUUCUUGCAUAUAAGAUCAAGUAUCCCAAUAACUUCUUUCUUCUUAGGGGGAAUCACGAAUCAGCAGGGAUUAAUCGCAUAUAUGGAUUUUAUGACGAAUACAUUCCAGACCAGGGACUUCUUUGUGAUCUGCUGUGGAGUGACCCGGACAAGACCAUCACGGGCUGGGGUGAAAACGAUAGAGGGGUCUCCGUCACAUUUGGAGUGGAUAAACUAAGAAGUUUUAUUGAUUCGGUAAAUAUUGAUCUAAUAUGUAGAGCUCAUCAGGUUGUGGAAGAUGGAUAUGAAUUUUUUGGAGAUAGGGAUUUAGUAACUAUAUUCUCUGCUCCAAACUAUUGUGGAGAGUUUGACAAUUCUGGAGCCAUAAUGAAUGUUGACGAAAAAAUGUGUUGUAGUUUUCAGGUGUUGAAGCCCACGGCUGAUAGCGAUAAAGCCAGGUCAAAGCUGAGUGUCAGCCAAAGUAAGAAAUAA